AUGGCGACUAUGGAUGCCCUCAUUUUGUCGAGCCCCGAAAAGCCCAGACAACUCGAGAUAGUAACUGUCCCAAUUCCUGAGAUCAAGGAAGACCAGGUCCUUAUCAAAGGACACGAAAUCGUCGGCGUUAUUUCGCAAAUCGGGGCUGCCGUUCACGGAUUUUCAGUCGGCGAUCGCUGCGUCGCGGAUAACACAAUACUUUGCGAAGCCUGCUUUUACUGUCGCCGCGGACAACAUGUUCUAUGCGAAAACUUCGAGAGUCUCGGCGUUACAAUGGCGGGGGGCUUCGCAGGAUAUGUAGCCAUACAGAGCAAGAAAGUAUAUAAGAUCAAGAAUCUUACAGAUGAAGAAGCAACCCUAGUGGAACCUGCUUCUUGUGCCAUACACGGCUUGGACAAGCUUAACCCUGCUGUAGGAGUAGAAGCCUUGAUUUUCGGUGCUGGUCCUACUGGUAUCAUUCUUGCCCAGCUCUUAAAGCUAAACGGUGCUUCAAAGGUUGUUAUUGCCGCCAAUAAAGGCAUCAAAACCCAAAUCGCACGCCAGCUUGAGGCCGGUGAUGAGUAUAUCGAGCUCGACCGCAAUGAUCCAAGUUCUCAAUGGAACAGAAUGAAAGAAGAGUAUAAACAUGGUUUCGAUGUCGUCAUCGAAGCGACGGGUUCGGAAAUGGUGGCCAAUCGUGCACUCGACUUUGUACGCAGAGGAGGCUCCCUCAUGGUGUACGGUGUUUACUCAAACAGCGACCUUGUCCACUGGUCACCGGCUAAGAUAUUCCAAGACGAGAUAAAAAUCAUUGGUUCCUUUGCCCAAACACAUUGCUUCCCUCGGGCCGUCGCAUACUUGGACAGUGGCAAAAUCAAGGUUAAAGGAAUGGUUACGGACGUUUUUUCGAUCAAAGACUUUGAUAAGGCGCUUGAGAAAAUGAAGAGCAAGUCUGCCUGCAAAGUCGCAUUGAAGCCGUGA